UUUACUAAAAUCCUCCGGUAAAAUGUAAAAUCUAAUAAGCAGUAUGUUUCAUUAAUCAUUGUUUAAUGUCUGUGAUCAUGUAAAUCAAAAAUGAAAAUUUUGCAUAAAAAAUUAAGUGUUCGUUUGUUUUGUUUGUGAUUGUUGUUAUAUUUGUUAUUUGCACUAUGUCUUCGAAUAAUUUAACAAAAUCUCCAUAUGAAAAGGAUCAAAAUGAUAAUAAUAUGUGCAAGAAACAUGCCUCACGAUGUGAUAAAGAUUACUACCGCUCCGUGUGCCCAUCGAAACUCAGUAAACGUGAGCUAGAAGACUUAUAUUACUCUUUACAAGAGAAUAAUUUGGAGUUGAAGCGAACAAUCAAUGCUCAAACUGAGAAAAACAGAAUUCUAUCAACGAAGGUACAGAGAAUGACAUCUCAGUCUAAAGUUUAUACGAGCAAAGACUGUUGUGCUGCGGCUAAAGCUAUUAUUAAUGAGCAAAGAGAGGGGAUAGCAGACUUAACAAAAGCGAACGAAGCUCUAGCGGAAAGGAUCCGGAAGCUCAGCACACAACUGUGUACGGCCAAACAGUUUCUGAAACAAGUCCCUAGCAACCGCGGUUGCUACAAGUGUUUCGCUACUACUACUAAUUCUAACAAAGUCCAAUCAACAGUGUCGCUACAGAACAAAUCGUCAGCUUCCAACCUGAAGUCUGCGGCAGUAUCCACUACACAGAUUGAACAAGAGUCUCCUUCAACAAAAAUGGCUGAAACCAACACUUUAGAAAAUUAUGUGGAGCACAUUGAGAAGAAGGACCCUGAAACAGUGUGCAAUGAAAACAAAUGCAGAACGAUGGUGGAGCAGUUUAAGCAAAAAAUUGCGGAUUUAGAAGAGGAACUAGCUAAAACACAUACGGAGUAUUCGAGCCGCAUGACGCAAUUAGAAAAACAGGUGUCGGAACUGCAGUCGGCCGUCUUACGCGCGCGCAGCGAACAUAAUUUACUCCCCAAGGAUUCCUUAGAACUCGUUCGCGGUCUGCGAAAAUCUGACGCGGAAAAGGCGGAGUUAGAAACACAGCUAUCAGUCGAGAAGAGCAAAGUGGUAGAACUGGAGAUGCAGCUCAAGGCGGCAGAAAUAUCUCAACAGGUCGCCAAGACUGUGGAAAGCCAUCUCAGCAACAAUUACCAACUGGAAGAGAAGCAACUUCGCGAAACGAGCAUUGAACGAUGCAGCGCUUGCUCUAACAAAAUGACGAUGACGGGUGAUACAACUGAUACAUCUCCAAGGCCUGCACCGUCUACCUCAACAAAGACCCCAAAUGAGCUUACUGUGCCCGACGAUAAACUGUCCAAGUCUGAUGAUUCAGGAUACGCAGACCAUCGACAGGAAACUGACAAUGAUGAAAAGAACAACACGACUAAUCAAGAAUUAAUGAAAAAGAUAGAAGAGAUUCAAGCGCAGUUAGACGCCUUACAAUUAGCAAGGGCUGAAAAUGAUAGCGAUGAACAAGAAUCACUUUAUUAUAAAACGUAUCAUUACUAUCAGAAAUCUGAUAAUGAUCCAGAGUUUGUAAGUAACCCAGCAAGAGUAUCCGUAUCAAGACGUGAAGCUGCGUUUAUAAAAUUACCGAGAGUAUCUGUAAUUUCUAACAAAUCAGCAAAAAUUAUGACUGAUAAUGAAAAAAAUACUAAUACUACUGCACUUGAUAAUGAAAAACUAAAUAUGACUACUGAAACUAAUACUCAUUUUAAAGAUGGAUAUCCAUAUAAAGAAAUAUUUGUAGUAAAUGAUGGAAUUAUUGUAACAAAUGGUUCUAAUGCAGAUAAAAGGAAUGAAAGUCACAUAAAUAAUUCGCCUCAGCAAGAUGAAACAGGUCCCACAGUUGAAUGUAAUACUGAUGUUGAUAAUACUGAUCUUGAACCAAAUACCUUGACUGAAAAUAAUGAGGUUAAAAGUCCAGAAACAAGUUUAAGUCACACGGCUAAUAAAGAACAUCAGUUGAAUUAUCCAAAAGAAAUUGAACAAGGGGACAGCUGUUUGAACAGCUUGCAAAAUGAGGUUGAGAUUGUACAUCCAAAACCGGUUAGCUAUUACAAUUCUAAUACAAACAGUGAACAAGACUCAAAUAUCAGACGAGCCUCCAUCGUUCGUACUUCAAAACCUUUAUUAAAUAAAGAUGAUGAUUUCCAUCAUACACCAGAAUUUAUACCUAUCAAUGAUUCAGCUAAAAGAAGAUUGUCUCUAACAAAGAAAAAACCUAAAUUGGGAGGGAAAAAGAAAAUGGAAUCAGUCAAAGAACAAAGCAAAGAGGGUAAAAAUAAAAGUGUUAGUAAAAGAGAUAAAAAGCCUUUGGGGAAACAUGAUCAAAAGGAUGCAAAAGAAACGCGUAAAAAGGAUAUAAACGAAAUUAUAGGACUUCACGAUCACGAAACAGAGAGACCUAACAGUCAAGAAUUUGAAAAAGAGAAUCUGCCCCUGAAUGUUACUAAUAAAACUAACGAUACGAGAGAAAUCGCUGAACAUGGUUCCAUUUUAAAAGCCCCCAUUGGCUCGUCGACGCCUAAAGCAGAAAUGGCUCAAACGUCACCACGCACGUAUACCAUAGAGGAAAAGGCGCAAGAUUCGCGACCGAGCAGUCCGGAAAACACGGAGCAUGAGAUAUCAGUGAUGACUGACUUGCCUUCAGAGAUUGAUGACGCGUAUGACAGACUGUCCCCCGGCGAACAUAGAACUAUAGCGACUAGCACAGAGACAACACCGCGACAAGGAUAUACUCUCAGCGAAGGCGAAGUACCAGUCAAUCUUGAACGCAGGACUUCCAAGUCCUUAGGAGAAGUUCGAAGAAGUGAUUAUGCGAAAGAAGACUCUUCGUUCGGCGAGAAAAGAUCUUCAACGCAGAAAAUGGAGGCGACCUUGAAAGUGAUCUCCCAAGAACUAGCCCGCUGUCGAUCGCUGCUGCAGACCCAAAGGCCAAGGGAGGUGACGUAAAUGAAUAUUAUAAAUAAGGUACAGCGGGGCAAAUCUCGACCGGGGGGCAAAUGUAACUGGUCCAUUUUUUCCAUGUUUUACAAUGUUUGCAUUAUUAAAU